AUUAAGUAAUAUAUAAAGUGUUAGGGCCAAUCCACUAAUCACCAAUUGGUUUUAAGUUGGAAGCCCAUAAUUAAACCUGAAUCUAACAUAGUAUCAGAGCCCAGAUCCUAAAUACCCUAAACUCCUAAUUAAAAUUAACCCUUCUGACCGGGUUUAAAGGUCGUGAUUAACCCUUUCAACCGGGUAUAAAGGUUGUGUUAAACUCGCUCGACCGAGUAUAAAUGUCCUAAAGUUCCGAGAUUUCUGGCCGAUAAGAGCCAUCAUCCCGAGGAGGGGUAUUAGGGAUAUAUAUCUCACAUCGGGAAUUUUAAGGGACAUUAAGUAAUAUAUAAAGUGUUAGGGCCAAUCCACUAAUCACCAAUUGGUUUUAAGUUGGAAGCCCAUAGUUAAACCUGAAUCUAACAUGGUAUGAGCUUUAAUCGUGUCAAAACGAGGUUUACUGCUAAAACCGUAAAAUGAGUUUUCCGGUUAAAAUUGCAAAAUAAUUUUUUUUUCCAAAAAAGUGAGUUUUUUCGCCAAAAUCGUAAACGAGUUUUUGCGCUAAAACAAGUUUUCUAUGAAAUUGCAAAAUCUUGUUUAUAUAUUAAAGCUCAUAUUAAUGAUAUUAAUAUUUUACAUGAUCUUCAGAAUAAAUAAGAUAAUACUUUGGGUACCCACGGGUAAACCUAUACCAUAUUGGGUUAUUUUCUGGGUUUGGAUUUCAACCUUGAUGUUUCUGGGUUUUUGCAGGUUGGGUAUAAAAUGAGUUGGGUUAUUUGUGGGUUGGGUUGGGUUGGGCUGGGUUAUUUUACCAUACGUUAACAUCCCUAAACAUAACUAGUGUAUGGUGACCAUUGAUUAAACAGUUCCCCGUAUUUUAUGUGUUGGUUACCAUAAAAUGUGACUAAUUAAAUUGGUUACCAAAGAAAUACUAUUUCUGGGUUGUAUGGUUUAAGUGGAAACUAUGAAGCAAGGCCAGGUUCAAGUUAUGCUUGAUUGCGUGGUGGAACACGAGAAAAGACAUAUGGGAUUGUGUUUUACAUACACUUAUUUUGAUAACAGUAUUAGUUUAGGAUCGAUUGACAAAACUUAAAGUAAUAAGCUCAAGUUUCAAUUUUGUUGGGUUUUAUGAAGUCAUGGAUAUAUAUUUUAUCUGUUUUAUCAUAGUGUGUGUUUAUGAUUUUUUGAUGAAGUCAUUAAUAUAUUUUCCAAGUUGGAUAUGUAUAAUUUUAGUUGAUCUUAUGUAACUACGCAUGCAUGCCACAAGUUCUCUCCAUAUAUAUACACACUCUCCUCCACAAGUGAAGUCUACUUCAAAACCAGUUAUCUUUUUUAUCAAAACUCUUUUGUAUCAGUCUAAAACUACAAAAACACAGUUCUGCUUUUUAGCUUACUCCUAAAGAGACCAAACAAGUAUCAUUUCUUUAUCACCAGUCACCAGUGGAGACUUCUGUUCAACCAUUGUUAUAUCAAACUGGUUAUUUAUAAGCCUGAAAAAUGGAAAUGGAGAGGGUCGUAAGAAGCUCAGAGAGAUCAAAGGAAAAGAAGAGAUCAAUAAGUAGAAGAUUGGGGAAGUAUAUGAAAGAACAGAAGGGAAGGGUUUACAUCAUUAGAAGAUGCGUCGUCAUGCUCCUUUGUUGGCAUGAUUGAUCCCAAAAUAAACAAGUUUUUAGACAAUUCCAAGUUCAAAUGUUAUGUAUCCACUUGCCAUGCGUGUGUGUAUGUGUGUGCAUGUGGACAACUAAUCAAGUGAGGGUAGAGUGGUGUUAGGUAGGGUGAAAACCAGUUUGCUUGGUUUAGUUUUGUAAUCUUCUACCAAAUUGUAUAUACAGUGACCUCAAUCCAUCUUUGGUUGUUUUUAAACAAAUAUUUUUACAUUAUGCAAUGAUUUUCAUAUUAUGUCAUCAGUAUUUAAAGAAUUAUAGCUAUAAAUAUUUUUGUCUUGUUAUAGAUAUAUAACUACAAAUCACACAAUAUGAAU